CUAAUAAUUAAAAUUUAAAGUAAAACUAAUAAUAAAGUUAAAGAAUUAUGCCUGCAAAUAUUAAAAACUGGUCGCCUGCAGAAGUAGCCAAAUGGCUGUUAGAUAAUGGAUUAAAUGAAAAGACUGCAGCCGAAUUUGAAAGGCAUGAAUUAACUGGUGACUAUUUAUGUGACCUUACAGAGCAAAUGCUGACAGAGCUUUUACCUUUAAUAAAAGAUCAGAUAAAAUUUAUUCGUCUUUUGAAAACAACAAAACAAUCUGUUUCAGCAACAUUAGAUAAUUCUGAAAUUAGCUAUACUGCAGUUGUAUCAAGUGUUAUCAGUGUAAAUAAUGAAAAGGGCGAAACAACAAACAGUGGCAGUUUUCCAGAAAUUGAAGAAGCUGAAUGUGUACAUAGCCAGGUGCAAGUAUUUCCUUUUGUAUAUCAGUUGCCACUUUUUCCGGAUAAUGUUGUAGCUAAGCUACAAUGUCAAGACAAGGCUAGUUUUGGUUUAGGCUCAAAAAGCAAAGCGCUCUUAAUUGAUGCACUAUUUGAUGACUUAAAAAGGCGUGACAUUUUGUAUCCAACCAGAAGAAUAUAUUCUGCUGUUAGCUCAGCAAUUAUAUUAAAAUAUCCUUUUUUGGCUGAUUAUGAUGGAAGUAGUGUAAUGCAAUUACCAUUUUAUAUAUUAUUGAUUAUAUUUUUAUUUGUCAUCAUUUGUUAAAUAAGAAAAUUGAUUGUAAAAUUUAAUAUAUAUGUCUAUUUCACAUUUUAAAUUAGUAAUUUGAGUUUAGAAUGCUAUUAGAGUAGCUCUUCGAAGGAAAUUUAAAAAAUACAGACAACCCCUUUGUAGCGAAAAUUCAAUUGCUGUAACAAGAGAAAAAUUUGGAAGGCCUGGUGUUUUGGGAAGAAAACGAAAAGUAGAUCAAGUUGAAAUUAAUCAUCCUGACAACAGUACUCUCUCAAAAACAGCUCGAGUUAAGAUGUCAAAAGUAUAUCAUGUCAAAAAUGUAUAUUUUGGUUACUGUUCACAAGCUGAUUGUUGUAAGAUAAUAUACCACUCUAUGUACAGUUUAACUUCUUUUUGUUAGUUGGCUAAUGUGGUACAAGGUGAGGAUGACAUAAGCAUAAAAAAACAUCAAGAUGCUUUAAAAAAAGAAA